UACUCCGUACUCAAAGCAACGGUUGCAUCUUUUGCUAUUUAAUAUUAUACGUGCUGGCAUCUUCAACGUCCCCUAACUAUUCAAUACUAUUUAUUAUUAUCUACAGCCACACUCACCGUCUCUUCUAUUAUUCCAUACCUAUUUCUCCUCCUCGUUUGUUCCCAACCUUCCGUUUGGUCUACAUUUGGGAGUCUAGUUCUACCGGUUUACGUAUCUCUCCUCCAGGCAGCUUGUCCCCUAUCCUAUCUUUAAGGUCUUAUCUUCACCCAGCCGUUACUAGUAUUCAAGUCGGUUUCUACCACUGGAAAAGAAGAACACCAUCAACUCUUCGCCGAUAGCCUAGGAAUACUCGGGGAGCUAGCUGCGUAGCGUUUUUUCCGCCCUCCUUUACCCAUCCUCCUCCUCCCCCCCCAAAAAAACCACCCUCCGCGCAAACACCCUGCUUUUGUGACAAAGAACUCUUGGAGUAAGGUUCGCGGUUGUUAUGGUUGAUGGCAAUCAGCAUUUCACGCCCUUCUUUGCACAUCUUUCCCGGCGACAGAGCCGGUUUGGCCGGUGUCGCCGUGUACAGCGACCCCGUAACUUCGAUACCGGCAAGGAACAAGAAGUUAAGGAAGUAGGAGAUUCACAGCAUGAAACUCAUUGGUGCCGCCGGUGCCGUUGCCCUACUCUUGAUCAACACCGCACGCGCAUCCAUAUUACCUCGUAACCACGAUGCCAACGAUUACUUUGCACUCCAUCUUGAUCCCUCCGUCUCGCCACUCCAGAUUGCGCAGCUACUAGGAGCCACACAUGAAGGCCAAGUCGGUGAAUUGGCAGACCACCAUACAUUUUCCAGACCAAAGGGCCGGCCAGGUUCGGAUUUAGGCAAAACAUUAGACGACUUGAAGCUCCGGAGGAGGCGGAGGAAACGGGAUGUAUCGCACUCGAGUAUGGAAGAUCCCGUGGUGACAGAUGUGUUGGACGGGAUACUGUGGUCGCAGAAGUUGACCUUGAGACCUCCUAUGGUGAAACGGGCGCCCCCACCACCACCACCGACAACAGCAAAAACUAAGGCCCGCCAGUCGAAGCCGCAAGUUCAGGAAGAUGAGGGUUAUAACGCUACGGAAAGACUGCGUCAUAUCGCAACUACUUUGGAAAUUGAGGACCCAAUAUUCGCCGAUCAGUGGCAUCUGUUUAACACCGUUGAGGUGGGCCAUGAUCUCAACGUGACAGGCCUCUGGCUCGAAGGCAUAACUGGCGAGGGGGUGAUCUCCGCCAUUGUGGAUGAUGGGUUGGAUAUGAACAGCAAUGAUCUUAUGGAUAACUACUUUGCGGAGGGAUCUUAUGAUUACAAUGACAAGUCGCCCGUGCCCAAGCCCCGACUAUUUGACGAUAAACAUGGUACGCGGUGCGCUGGAGAGAUUGCAGCGGUGCGAAAUAAUGUCUGUGGCGUUGGAGUGGCUUAUGAUAGCAAAGUUUCUGGGAUCCGUAUACUCUCCAAACCCGUGACAGACGAGGAUGAAGCCGCUUCGAUCAACUACAAAUAUCAGCACAACCAGAUAUACUCCUGUUCCUGGGGCCCUAUCGACGAUGGCGCCACCAUGGAUGCCCCCGGUAUACUCAUCCGGCGGGCACUUGUCAACGGAAUCCAAAAGGGAAGAGCUGGGAGAGGUUCGAUAUACGUGUUCGCGGCGGGCAACGGUGCUGGAAAUGAAGACAACUGCAACUUUGAUGGCUACACGAACAGCAUAUACAGUGUCACCGUAGGAGCUGUCGAUCGCGAUGAUAAUCACCCGUAUUAUUCUGAGUGGUGCUCCGCGCAGCUCGUGGUAACGUAUAGCAGUGGUGCCAACGGGGCCAUACACACCACUGACGUUGGAGUGGAUUCAUGUGCAACAAGACAUGGUGGUACCUCUGCUGCUGGCCCGCUGGUUGCGGGCGUUGUGGCGCUUGCAUUAAGUGUCCGCCCCGAGUUGACCUGGCGUGAUGUCCAAUAUAUCCUCCUAGAGACUGCGAUCCCGGUCCAUUUAAACGAUAGCGACUGGCAGGAGACUAGUAUCGGAAAGCAGUUCAGCCAUGAGUUCGGCUACGGGAAGGUAGACGCAUACUCUGCUGUCCAUCUAGCUAAGGAGUGGAAGCUGGUGAAACCGCAAGCCUGGAUGCAUUCCCCCUGGCAGCAGGUUAACCAUCCAAUCCCCCAGGGAGAGACAGGGCUUGCCAGCUCCUUCGAAGUCACCAAAAAGAUGUUGGACAUGAAUAACAUCGAGCGUAUAGAACAUGUUACUCUCACGAUGAAUGUCAACCAUACCCGCCGCGGUGAUUUAAGUGUUGAACUUCACAGCCCGUCUGGUGUCGUCAGCCUUCUAAGUACGACAAGGAAAAAUGAUGAUCACGCUGUUGGAUAUGUUGACUGGACAUUUAUGUCCGUCGCUCAUUGGGGCGAAUCCGGCAUCGGCGAAUGGACCGUAAUUGUCAAGGACACAAUCGUCAACGAACACAACGGCACCUUCAUCGACUGGCAGUUAAACCUAUGGGGCGAAGCCAUCAACCCCAAGAUCCAAGAACUCCACCCCUUGCCAACCGAAAACGACCACGACCACGACACCGAACCCGCCGUCGUAACCACCACCCCCAUAACCACCCCCAUAACCACCCCCGGCGGACCCAGCCGCCCCACCCCCACCUCCAUCCCAUCAGACGGCGUCGACCGCCCCGUCAACGCGAAGCCCACCGAUUCUACCUCGGCCUCAGGUCCUGACGACCAUGACAGCGCCAACCCAUCCAAACCCGACAGCUUCCUCCCCUCCUUCUUCCCGACCUUCGGCGUCUCCAAACGCACCCAAGUCUGGAUCUACGGCUCGCUCACGCUCAUCCUCAUCUUCUGCGCCGCGCUGGGCGUCUACUUCCUCGUCCAGCGCCGGAAACGCCUCCGCAACAACCCGCGUGAUGAUUAUGAGUUUGAGAUGAUUGAUGGGAGCGACGACACGGAUCCGCUUAAUGGUGGUGGGGAUGACGAUGGCGAUGGGGCGGGACAUAUGGGUGCUGGUGGUGUUGGUCGGCUGGGACGGAAGCAGAGGAAGAAGAAGGGAGGGGAGUUGUAUGAUGCGUUUGCGGGGGAGAGUGAUGAGGAUCUUUUGAGCGAUGAUGGGACUGGGGAGAUGGAGUUAUCGGACUCCGGGAGUGAUGGGCCGUAUCGAGAUGAGGAGGAUGAUGAGAAGAGGGUUGGUGGUUCUGCUGGUAGUGGUGGUAGUGGUGGAUUAAGUGAGAAGACAUAGCGGGUUUGUGUUUUUGUUCAUUUUUGAUGAGCUUUUUAGAUUUUUUUUUUUUUUUUUUUUUUUUUUUUUGCGCGUUCCCUUUAAAGUUCUUUUACUUCACCCCCUUUUUAACUAUAUAUAUUUUCCGACCCCUGAAUGCCUGUUACCUUUUGUUGUUUGAUUUUUAUCUGUUCAUCUUCGCCCCUUGCUACCUAUUUCAGGGAGUUAAUUAAGCCUUGGUCCUUCGAUUGUUCUAUGGAGAUAUGGUAUUCCCGGCAUUAGAGCGAAGCGCCUCUGCGCUUCUGCUUUUGGUUGUUUAUGUGUUACCAUUACAUUUUGCCAUGUUGUCUAGCUCUUCUGGGAGGCGUUGAUGUUCCUAUCAAGAGGUCUUUACGAUCUGGCGUUCAGGCAUAUAUAUCCAAUCAGCUUUCUGUCCGUCGCUUUUUCAUGGAUCGAUUCGAGGCAUAACCAUAUAUGCAUUUGCAUGUACUGUACGUGUACGUCUAUAUCACGGAGAUCGGAUAUUGACAGGGAUUGAGAAGAAUAGAUAUCUUCAUCUGGGCAUUGUUAUAUGUUCCUUCUUCCUCUUUACUCAAUUUUCUGCUAAUUCCAAGCUCCCUUUCCCUUCACCACACAAUAUGCGGUAAGCGGUUCAGUAGUACAUCUUGUCAAAGCCAGAGUUACUCACACAGCUGGCUGUUAGGCACUAUAGAGGUUGUAAAAGGCUAUGCAUAUACGGGACCAAAUCGGUGGUGUCAUACAAGAACAAGAGACCCCUC